AUGACUUCCCAUGGUCAAGAGCGCAAUGUUGGCCCCGAAGAACAGUCCACCUAUUCCGAGUCCGCAGCCUCCAGACCAUCAACCGAGCUUCCGGCCAACACCCUCGACAGGGUGUCCAGCAUACGAUUCUCCGAGGGCACCAGGGCUCAUUCGCGAAAUCCAAUGUCUAGCUAUCGUCGUACACCUAGCCAUUCGGACGAAAUUAUUCCUAUCCGCACUGCGGAUGGAAACUCAGGGCGACAUUACAAUACAGAGGAUACCGCGUCUGACCCUUCCAGUCGCUCAGCAAAUAGCCCUGUACAGGAAGAGGAGGCAUCGAAACAGGAGAAUAAACCAUCCUGGUUCAAGAAGUUGGUACAGAAAUAUGGUUCAGUAUCGCUAGAGAACAAGGGAUCGGUGGCGAGGGAUCAUUUGGCAUUGGAAAGGACAUUUCUAGCCUGGCUUCGAACGAGCUUGGCUUUUGCAAGCAUUGGGAUUGCCAUCACACAGCUGUUUCGACUCAACACCACGAUAGCUAGUCGGCCGGACCAGUCGACGUCCAGCCUUUCUCUUACUCACGAACAAAUGCCGCUAUCGCCAUUUGUCGGACAAUCUAUCCCUGCCGAAUUGCUGCCGUAUUUACAGCAGCUCGCCGCAUCCGCUGCUCUCUCUACCCCAACAUUGGGGCCUACAUUGCUCGACCAGCUUCUUUCCCUGCCACCUCCCGAUUCCAACAGACAUAAUUUUCCUAAGCGCGAUGAAAUCGGCGCCUCCGCUCUUGACGAAUCGACUGCCACAAAGCUCAGGCAUGUGGGCAAGCCUCUUGGGGCUACAUUUCUCGGUAUAUCGAUCAUUGUUUUGUUCAUCGGGUUCCACCGCUACUUCGAGGCCCAACACUGGAUCAUACGGGGGAAAUUCCCUGCGAGCCGUGGAAGUAUAUUCAUUGUGGGCUUCAUUGCUGGUUCGUUGAUCGUUACAAGCUUUGCGGUUGUGCUGGCGAUAGCGCCUACGAGUUAUGAGAAGAAACGGUAG